AUGACAACUCCCUUAGACAAUGUCACCACGCUCAAAGAUAAAAUCAAAAUUCUUGAUGACAUCAAAAAUCAUACCAAAAACCUAGAUCUCCAAGCUAUUUACAAACACAUUCACAAUAUUGGAUAAGAUUCUCAUGAAUUAUUGGAACAUGCGUUAAAAAUCAAUUUUGGAAAUGUCUUAAGAAAUCAAGGCUCAAAUGAUUAAACUGAAGCCCUUCAAGUUUUCAAAAAGGUAUGCGAAACAGCAAGAGAUUUAAAUCAUAUAUGCAUUUAUGUCAAAUUAAUAAAAAAUAAUAGUCGACAGGACCUCUAAAAAGUAUAUUUAAAAGAAUUGGGAUUCCAGACUGAAAAAUUGAUAACAGAAUUUAGAAAACAGGGAACCAUCAUUUAACAAUUGCGUUUAGACACAAAUGACAUUACAAAACAGAGAUUCAUGAUCGAAAUGAUAACAACCCUGUGUCCAUAAGACCUGGGAUUCAACCCAGAAUUAUUCUCUUUAAUGCUCAUUCCCUUUAAAUGUCUCCACAAAGCAGAUCCAACAGAUAUUUCCCUCCUAGAAAGACUGGCUGAUGUGUUACUAUCCUAAUGCAAUGGCCAAGGAAUUGCUAAUCAGAACCAGGUUCAUGAUUGGCUAGCCCUGUUGACUGGAAUCAUUUAAUAUGCUUAUGAAGGAAAUUCUAUUGGAUUAUUUAUAUUAUUGAGAAAAAUUCCAGAUCAACAUAUAAGCGAAUUACUUUACAGACAUAAAUACUAUAUGCUUCUAAAUUAUUUCAACAAUUUAAAAGUAGCUCUUAAAAUCUUUUAAGGAUUAACUUUUUAUUCUAUUACUUAAUAAAGCAUAUUCUUUAUUAAAACCAUUAGUUAAUUUUUGUAUGAGUAUGCAUUAGAAAUUAGAAGCAAAUAAUAUUCAGAUAUUUUGAAAUACAUUUAUUAAGAAUUCAUUUUGACAACAAUGUUGGGAAACAUCUAAAUGGUUAAUUAUAGUGCAGAAUUAAUUGAUCUAUUACUAUUUUACAUAGUCGGAAUGUCAUCAAUAGACCAAGACCCUUUUUUGAAAUCUUUAGAUUUAUUGUAUGCCAGAUUGAAGUAGGCAUCUACAUUUAAAAUAUUCAAUAAAGAAUUUGCUACCUAGAGAAUUUAAUUUUUAUUGACUGUUGCUAUUUACUAUAAUGGAUUGAAUACUGAUGAACAAUAUCUAAAUGUCAUUAAAAUCUAUUAAAUAACAAAUCAAUUAAAUCCACAUAAUUAAUAUACCCAAUGGAAUUUUUCGAAAUUAAUCGAGUAAUAAAAUUAAAUUGAUUAAAACAUCCUUUUAAGAGAUUCAAAGGACUUUGUUGGUCUUGAGAAUCUCACCAACACUUGCUUUAUGAAUAGCAUUCUUGCAAAGCUUAUACAUGACUUAGUCCUUCAGAAAGUUUAUCAAUCCCUUUAACUUAUUCCUUAUCCAUCAAAAUUGAGUAGUCUCUAAAAAUUAUUUCUGCUCUUAACCUAUUAAAAGUAGGGGUAUUGUUCUCCCUAUGAACUCAAAAGAUAAUUAAGAGAACCUUAUAGCAAUACAAACGAUUAGUAGGAUGUGAGUGAAUUUGCACAUCAUUUUCUAGAAGAUCUCUUAGAAUUAUUGCCUAAACAUCUACAAAUUCCAAUGGAAAAGAUAUUCUUUGGGUAUCAUAGAUCAUGUAUUGAAUGUUUUAACUGUCCCAAGAGACAACCAGCAUAUAGACCUAAAGAAAAGUUCUUGGGAAUUGAUUUGCAUUUCAAUGAAGAUGAAGACAAUUAAGAUCUCUAUGAUAUGAUUCGAAAGGCAUAUGAAAAAGAACAAAUAGAAUUUACAUGUGAUAAAUGCAAUCAAAGAACUGAUCGAGUGUUCAAAUCUCAAUAAUUAAUUCAAUUACCCUCCGUAUUAUUCAUGAUUGUGCAUCGUUUUACAUUCAAUGCUGCAACGUAGACAAUGAAUAAAAUGUUGACCAAAGUCCCCUUUAGAUUCCAGAUAGAUUUCAGAGACAUUUUCAACCAAAAAAAACUAAACAGCAAAGAUUGCAUCUAUGAUCUCUAUGCCUUUAUAGUCCAUAUGGGAAAAAACAGUUAUUCAGGUCAUUACAUAUGUUAUGCUAGACAACUCAAUAAACCUGAUGUUUGGGUAACUUUCGAUGACACCAUGAUUUCAAAUUUAGAAUAUGAUAGUGAUCAACUUGACAAAGAACUAAUAGCUGAGGAAACACCCUAUUUACUGUUUUAUUAAAAUUAAUCAGGUUAACCCUUAAUUUUUAAUAAUUGA